UGGUUUCUCGCUGUACAACGCGCAUCCCAUCCCAUUCGCACCUAUAAAUUCAUACCCACUUACUUGUUACCAAAUCGUCUCUCUCUCAUUCUUCCCCAAAUCUCUCUCUGGAUCUGAAGAUUUUGAUAUUUUUCUCUCCAGCCCAAAAGAGUUAAGAGAUGGAGACCUUCCUAUUCACAUCCGAGUCUGUCAACGAAGGACACCCAGACAAACUCUGCGACCAAGUCUCAGAUGCCAUCUUGGACGCCUGCCUAGAACAAGACCCUGAAAGCAAGGUCGCCUGUGAGACUUGCACCAAGACCAACAUGGUGAUGGUUUUCGGUGAGAUCACCACCAAAGCUACCGUGGACUACGAAAAGAUCGUCCGUGACACAUGCAGAGAAAUCGGAUUCACCUCCGCUGAUGUCGGUCUUGAUGCUGACAACUGCAAGGUGUUGGUCAACAUCGAGCAACAAAGCCCCGACAUUGCCCAAGGUGUCCACGGUCAUCUCACCAAGAAGCCAGAAGACAUUGGUGCUGGUGACCAAGGUCACAUGUUCGGGUAUGCCACCGAUGAAACCCCAGAGCUCAUGCCACUCACCCAUGUCCUUGCAACCAAGCUUGGUGCUAAGCUGACUGAGGUCAGAAAGAACAACACCUGCCCAUGGCUCAGACCCGAUGGCAAGACCCAGGUCACCGUUGAGUACCAUAACGACAACGGUGCCAUGGUCCCAACCAGGGUCCACACUGUGUUGAUCUCAACUCAACAUGAUGAGACUGUUACCAACGACCAGAUUGCUGCUGAUCUUAAGGAGCAUGUGAUUAAGCCUGUGAUCCCAGCUCAGUAUCUUGAUGACAACACCAUCUUUCACUUGAACCCAUCUGGGAGGUUUGUGAUUGGUGGACCCCAUGGAGAUGCGGGUUUGACCGGGAGGAAGAUUAUUAUUGAUACAUACGGAGGAUGGGGAGCUCAUGGAGGUGGUGCUUUCUCAGGGAAAGAUCCAACUAAGGUGGACAGAAGUGGUGCUUAUAUUGUUAGGCAAGCAGCUAAGAGUAUUGUGGCAUCAGGACUUGCACGUAGGUGCAUUGUGCAGGUGUCUUAUGCUAUUGGUGUGGCUGAGCCUCUUUCAGUGUUUGUGGACACUUACAAGACUGGGACUAUUCCGGAUAAGGAUAUUCUUGUUUUGAUCAAGGAGAACUUUGACUUCAGGCCAGGGAUGAUGGCUAUCAACCUUGAUUUGAAGAGAGGUGGAAACUUUAGGUACCAGAAGACUGCUGCUUAUGGACAUUUUGGUCGUGAGGAUCCUGACUUCACCUGGGAGACUGUUAAGGUUCUCAAGCCUAAAGCUUGAUUUGUAACGGUUUCAGAAGAAUGUGAUGAUUCUUUUGCCACUUGCCAAAAGGUGGACGACAGACACUUGAAAAGAUGAUACGUUUUGUUGAAUGUUGUUUGUUUUGUGUUUUUUUAUGUUUUUAUGUUUAGGGGUUUUAAUGUUUUUUAUUUUUGGUAUUGAUGGAGAAGCCUAUGUUAUAUGUAAUCUUUGAACCAUUUUUAUCUACUGAACUUGUUGAAUUGAGUUACAAAA